CGAUCAAUGGCUUCUACUCAAAGUUCAUACGCAGGUUUAGGUGAAGGGCAAUCCACCACAAGGCCUCCGUUGUUUGACGGAACGAACUACACCUAUUGGAAGGAGCGGAUGAGGAUUUAAUUCUCCAAAGGAUUUUCUCCUUUGGAGAAUUAUCAAGAAUGGUGAAGACGUGCCAAUGAAGAAGGUCGGGGAAACCAACGUUCCUAAGACCGAGAACGAGUAUGAUGCACAAGACAUCAAGAAAGUGGAAAACAAUGCCAAGGCCAUUAAUAUCAUCUAUUGUUCCGUAAACCCGGAUGACUACCGGAAGAUAUCUUGUUGCACCACCGCGAAGGAAAUGAGGGAUAAACUAGAAAUCACCUACGAAGGUACGGAGUUCGGGCUUGUCAUCAAGAAAUUCCACAAGUUCAGUCGCAAGGAGUAUGAACGAAAGGGUAAAAAGCAUGGAGGACCACCCAAGUGCUAUGGAUGUGGAGAAGUUGGGCAUAUCAAGCCAAAAUGCCCAAAUGCCAAAAACGAGAAGGAGAAGAAACCGUUCAAGAAGCACCGAGCUUACAUCUCGUGGGGAGGUGAUUCCGGCGACGAAUCAUCGGAAGGUGAAGAAAAUGAAAGCGCCAACCUUUGCCUCAUGGCACACGAGGAACCACCGGAAGAGGCCAAACUUCCAUCUCCAAAGGCAGACCUAAACAGCGAUGUUCUAGGAUAGAACAUCGAUGUAGAGACCUGACCGUUGGAAGGAAUUUAAGGCUAAAACUUUCCUUGUAUGGAAGUCAACAACCAAAACAGCGAUGUAGGGGUUUUGGACAUCGCUGUUGGCAUGACCGUUGCUUCCCAAUUUUUAAAAAUCAAGCCUAGAACAGCGAUGUCCAAGCCUAGGACAGCGCUGUCUGGGUGAAUUUCAACAUAUCCAAUUUUAAUCAAAUCCCACAAAUUAUGCCAAUCACCCCUUAAAUACUUUGGUCCGUUGGAGCCUAUUUUUCUACUAUAAAAUGGGGUGUUUGGG